UCAAUGUUUGUACCCAACUAUUCCUCAAUGAGAAAUUUAUCUCCUGCCAAUUCGUAUCUCUUCGCCUAAGGUUCUCCCACUUCACCAUAAUUCAAUGAUCGAUAUUCUUCUUAAAAUCCACGAGAUUCAAAUAUUUACUGUAGAUAUUUAAAUUAAUUCCUUCUAGUUAAAUCCAAUGAACCUGUCAAUAGUUCUUACUUUCCUGAAUAAUCUAAUAUAGUUUAACAAAAGAGUUAUUUUUCGAAACCAAACACAAAUAUUAAACACACCACAAGUCCAAAAAAAGAUCAAGAUAUCUCCAUUACUUAUAAGAUCAUCUAUAUUGAUGGAUCCAUAUAUUAUGGUGAAAUUAAGGAUUAAAUGAGACAUGGCAAAGGUACACUAUACAAUUCUGACAAUCAUUUAAUUUAUAUUGGGGAAUGGAAAGAUGAUAAAUAUCAUGGACUAGGAAUAUUAAAUAAAGGUAAUAUCAGAUACAAAGGUUAUUUUCAAGAAGGUUUGGUUAAUGGAGAAGCCAUUGAAGAAAGUAAAACAUUUAAAUUUUAUGGCUUCUUCAAAAAUGGGAAAAGAAAUGGUCCAGGUUCUUUAUAUAAUAGAAAUCAAGUCACAUAAGGUUUUUGGAAGGAUAACCUUAUUUAAGAUGUUUGUUGA